AUGGAUGGGGAAAGUCGUCAUCCGCGGGCGAUAUCUGAUACCCAGUCACAGCAACCAGCCCGAAUCAGAGCUGCCAGUGAUGCGGACUAUAUCUCACCCACGAGAAUUCUCGUUGGGAAUGGCAGUGGCACCCGGCGACAUAGCUCAGUUACCUCGAGACGUAGUAAUGGCAGCGGAGUACCCAGUUUGGUUCCCCACAGUACUCUCGCGCAGCGCACACAGGGCAGAUUCACUCUGGCUGGUCCGGAUGGAACCCCCCAGCUGAGGCUGGCUCAGGAACCCUUCGUCCAGCCAGGGUAUGCGGAUCUAAACCCGUCUUAUGAACAGGCCUCCAAUGCCAGACCAGUCUGGUCUCUGGCAAAGCCGCUGCCCCGUGUGUUGCGGUCAAGCAUGGUGCCAACAAAGGACGAGCUCCUGCAGAACCUGGCAAAAGCCCAGCAUCCCACGGAGAAUUCGCAGAGAUUUGGCCUUGACGUAAACCCAAAUGAUAUCGAGCAGGGUCGCAUUGAUAAAUUUUCUGAUCCGCGCAAAAUGGCUGCUCAGGUUGAGGAUGCUCGUUUGCAGCGUGAGAAUAAUUUUAUGAAUAAGAUCCUCAUGGGUGAUGGCAUCUCUACAAGACAGACUUCGCGCAUGUCGCGUACCUCUUCGGUCAGGGGAAGACGCCCUUCGGCCUGGGAUCUUCCCCUGGAUCAACUGUCCACUGUGCAGGAGGGAGGUUCUCCAAACAACGAUGAACCAGAAGAGCGACCGGAAUUUGAUGAUGAUCAAUUAGGCAAUCAAGACUUAGGUGCCCGGUUAGACUCACUCUUAGAUAUUCCUGAAUUGGAGAAGGCAAGCUACCCUGAAGACCUGCACCCGCUCGUACAGGAACUGGUCGAGGAUGAAGUACACAACAACCACACCACCUGGUCGGUCAUCCGUACACACCACCGUGAGGCUCUUGCCGAGGCUCUAGGUGUGUUUGUUCAGCUCACCAUGGGUUUCUGUGUCGACUUGUCCGUCACCGUCGCUAAGCAAGGCAACCCUAACACAACCGCUUGGGCCUGGGGCUUGGCAACUAUGAUGGCUAUUUACAUUUGUGGUGGUGUUUCUGGUGCGCAUCUCAACCCCGUCGUAACCACAGUGUUGUGGUUAUUCCGUGGUUUCCCCAAACGCAAUAUGCCCGAAUACUUCGCUGCUCAGUUCCUGGGCGCCUUUUGUGCGGCCCUCGUCGCGUAUGGGAUCUACUACGAGGCCAUUCAGAACUACCUCUAUCUCAACCCGGACACCGGUAUUAUCAACAGCUUUGUCACGAAUUCGCGUGAGGUGUGGCUUGGUUCUACCACAGCGUUCUUCAAUGAAUUUAUCGGUACUGCCUUUUUAAUUGUCACCAUUCUGGCUCUUGGUGAUGACCAGAAUGCUCCACCUGGUGCUGGUAUGAAUUCGCUGAUUGUUGGGUUGGUGAUUACCUGUCUGAGCAUGUGCUUUUCCCACCAGACCGGGGCGGCAUUCAAUCCGAGUCGGGACUUUGGUCCUCGGCUUGCGCUUCUCGCUCUCGGCUACCCUAACACUCUGUUCACUGAUCCUUACUGGUUCUAUGGGCCUUGGGCUGGAGCUCUGAGUGGUGGGUUUAUGGGUGCUUUCCUAUAUGACUUCUUCAUCUUCACUGGUGGAGAAUCCCCUGUCAACUACCCGCUUGAACGCACCCAACGCGCCAUAACCAAGAGUGGGAUGAGAUGGAAGCGCCGACUGCAAUUGAAAUAA